UUUCUAUUGCAGAAGAGAAACUAAUUUCAUCUAAUAUAGCUGAAUGUGAUGUGGAUGAUAUGAAGCUAAUUCUAUCUGAUGUAACUGAUGGUGGUAUAGAUGAUGGUGAACUGGUUUUAUUUAAUCUAGCUGAUUGCGAUGUAGACAAAAAAGAUACAUAUUGA